AUGAAGACUUUCUGGUACAAGAAGGAGCACAAUGACUUAUUCAAGCCCACUAAUCUUUUGCAGGAUCCCCAGGACUUUCCAAAUGGUGGCUCGCAAUUCAACUUUGUUGUCUACAAGUACAAGCACUAUCGGUGGCAGAAACGAAUUUUGCAGAUUGAUGCGAACACAAAGACCAUUUUUAACAUCGAGAAAGGGAUCAUCAAAAAACAGUUCCCAUUUUCCCAAGUGAAAUCUUGUGCCUUCAGUGAAGGGAAGCGUUUCCGAAUUGGCUUUCAUGAACACCAGGAUUAUGAACUAGAAGCAGCAUCAAUGGAAGAGAAAAAUAAAAUAACACGUCUUGUGAGUAAAAUUAUACAGAGCCAGGCUUGCGGAACAUCUGCAGAACCUUGCAGCAGCCGACCUGAUGCGUGUGAGGUGAUUCAUGAAGGGCUCUUGGAUUUGCAGACAGAGACAGCGACCUCCAUUAAAUGGGUGAAACACUUUGUGCAGCUCAGAAAACAAGAACUGAGCUUACAUUGCAUAGACCAGAAAAAGAUGGGGGCAGCCGUUCCUGGAGUGAAAACAAUUGACUUGUCAAGCGGGGAUGCAGUUGUCAGCAAGGAAGAUGGUGCGGGCGCGUUCUCACUUCACACAAAGGAAGCCAAGUACCUAUUCCAAAUACCCUUUACUGUCCAGAACAACAAGUUAGAGGACAUUUGCAAGCUCCAAAACCAGUGGUUAAUGCUCUUAGACAGGUACUGCUCAGUGCUCAAGGCAAGAUCAUUGGCUCAGGAUGGUGCCUCAGGAAUCGCAGAUGGGGAAGUUUGCAAUUUAAAUGCAAGGAAGACAGGAGAGGCCUCCCAUCUCAGUGUAGCCCCACUGGCUGGGACCGUGGAUCAUGUCCUCCCAGAAAACUGUACAUUUUCAGCAACUACUGAACAUUCUGUAGUGACAGGAGACACAGGGGCGGUGCCUCCUUCCCCCAAGUCGCCCAAUUUUCCUCCAGCCUCAACAAGAACUAAAGUUUUUCACUGGGAUGUCAUUCCUCAGGACAAGAUUCAGAAGUCACUAUGGGCAUUCUAUCAUGAAGGCAAGAGAAAUAUAGAUGUGGCAAGACUUUAUGACCAGUUUCGUAUUCAGGACUUGCCGGGAUUUCCUGGCAAUGGACCUUUGGUGACACAACACAUUAUGCUUGACCGAAAAAUCGCACACAACUUCAACAUUUUUCUUAAAAGUUUCCACAUAAAGCCAAGCCAGCUGAAAGAAAAAUUAUACAUUAUACAUGAAGACAGUGGUGGACUUAGCGAUGAGCAGAUUACGACGCUAAGGAGAUACCAGCCUACUUUAAAGGACAGAGAAAUGUACCAGUCUUUCAAAGGUUCUACUUCAGAACUACAUCAGGUGGAUCAGUUUAUGCUAGAAAUGUGUAAAAUACCUAACUUAAGCCAAAGACUGGACCUCUUACUUGCCGUACGUGAACUUCCAGCAUCCAUGGCAGAGCUGGAGCCACUCAUCGACCAGAAAAUCCGUGCCUGCAAACAGCUGCAGAGCAGCCCAAAGUUUGUAGCUGUGCUGGAGUAUAUUUCAGCCAUGGGGAACUACUUGAACGAAAAGUCCGGGAAAGAGAAGGCCCAAGGGUUUCGACUCUCUUCUUUGACCAGACUAUCCUUGCUGCGAGGUAAAGAACGAAGCUUCACCUUGCUGCAUGCCCUUGUGGAGCAGAUCUUCUUACAGGAUCCUGAUUUGGCUGAAUUUCCUCAGGAGUUGACAGAAUUUAAAGCUCUAUCUGGAGCCUCCAUCAAAGGCCUGAGUGCUGAAGCCGAAGUUUUAAGGAAAGAAUUAGAAAGCAUUAUUGAGGGCAGAAGACAAAUCAAGCUCAAGAUUAUCAAAGCAGGAACUCUGGAGUCACAGUUCUACAAAGAACUAAAGGAUUUGAUUCAAAAGUAUGAAGGAGACCUUUGUCAGCUCUGUAGAAGAUGUGUAGAAAUGAAAAGGGCCUACCAUGAUAUCCUGGUGAAAUUUGGUGAACCAGAAGAUCGAGACUCCGAAGAGUUUUUUGGCUGGAUUUCAAGAUUUAUCAGUGAAUUCCAGAAGGUCUUGCAGGAGUUUAUGUCAUGAUGGCGGGAAUGGAACUGUGUAGCCUCAGUCAGCAAUUAAAUGAUGGUUAUUGUGAUAAUUGUGAAGAACACACCCUCCAGAAGUCAAUUUGACAUCCAGGUCCCCACAGCCCUGCUCUGGCUAGACAUU